CGGUAAUACGAAAGGAGUUAUACUGUUUUUUGUUUAUGUAAUAUUUUUCUAAACCCAGACAUGGUAAAGUUCACAUAUUCAAUUAUAAUUAUUUAUGGGUCACAAAUGUUGUUAACUCUUGCCGAACAAUCCGCAAAAUCGGAGGAAAAUCGACAAGAACUCCUGCUAUGCCGCAAGUGUGGAGCUGACGUGGCCGACUCUUAUUACUUGUUUAAUCAGCAAAGUCCUGGAGCUCGUAAAAGUGAAUGGAGAAAAUUGUUUGGCAAAAAUAAUGUAACUGUGCAAACAUUAGUAAAUCCAUUUGGUGUUCAGUUUGAGAUUGUUACUACAGAAAAGGCCAGAUGCCAUAAUAUAGGCAAUCCACAGGGUGCAGACUCAUGGUUCCCUGGUUACUCGUGGCGGAUCUGCACAUGUCCCCACUGUGGAGCACAUAUUGGCUGGACAUUUGAGAACUCUUCAUUAGGAGUCACUGACAAAUCUACUCCAGCUAACACAUUUCAUGGAUUAAUCUUGAGCAACAUUUUGGGAGAAAAUUUUACAGAUUCCCUGAUAAUGAUGCCAAAUAUUUACAAAAUGCAAUGACUAAUGAGCAAUAAAUUU